UCACCUUAACAUUUUACUCAGAGAUGGAUAAUCCGCCUCACAUCAUGGAUCAGGAAUAACUUUCUAUAACAGAUGAAAGGAAUGUCUACAUAAGAGAGUCAUGGAUAAAUCACUAAAAGUAUCAUACUUGUGUAAAAGUAGUUUACUGUUAUCAAUUGUUUCAGGCGUAAAGAUCUUACAUAAAAGGCAAGGCAAGUUUAUUUGUAUAGCACAUUUCAACAAGGCAAUUCAAAGUGCUUUACAUAAAACACAUAAGCAAUAUAGGGCAAUAUAAAAAGACUUAAAAAGAGUAAAAUAGAAAAUAAAAACAAGAUAAAAGUAAAAUAAGUAAUAAAAGUCAAACAUAGCUCAAAGUAAAAGUUACGAGUUCAUUUUUUUUUUUACAUAACAUUAUUUAUGGUCUUCUCCAGGCAACUGUAAGAACACAAAGGGACAGAGUUCAAAUGCGUUUUGAAAGUACAAAAAACUGAAAGAGAAGUUAAACCUCUUCUCAGCUGACUGACCAAAAGCUGUAAAUGCAUUGCCUAAAUCAAACUACUGUCGUACUGUCUGAGAAUAUUUUGACACAGCAAAAUCCUGAGACACGGGAAAAACUAGAGGUGCCGCUACUUUUGACUAUGGUCAAAGCCAUGGUUCUUAAACUUUUAAAGGAUAGGUUCAUAUUUUUUUUCAGUUCAUUUUUCAAGACAUUUAAUCUAUCUUAAAACUACUAGCAUGCUCAUGUGUACAAGUAAAAGUUAUUGAUCACUGUAAUCAUUCCUCCUCUCCAUACUGGUUGCGAAGAGAUCCCGAAGUCUCCCAAAGUUGAAAUACUGUAACUUUGGAAGUCUGACUUGAAAAAAUGUGAGCCCAUCCUUCAAGCAGAAAAGGCCUCAAAAUUAACAUGAAAGUGUAUGCACCUGAAAUGUAUGGUUACUUGGGUUCUUGUGUAUGAAGCUAAAGCAUCAAAAACAUAUGGCUGUCCAGAAAUAUCUGGUGGGUUAGUGGGAAGAAGGCAGCUGCAAAAUGUUUGUGUCAAGCAUUUAUCCGAACAGAUUCACCAAUAACAAGUUUUUGGUAAAAUAAAAAUAUGCAGUUAUAUGUGGCCUGCUUGGUGAUAUAAAAUAUAGUGUUAUAUGCUGGUUUUGGCUCUGGACCUGAGUGUUCUCUUAAUCCCUGCUUCAGUCUCACUCAGCCAAUGUUUUUGACAAAGUUAUGAAUGUGCAUGGGUUAGUCAGUCAGCUCCUCGGUCAUCAAACAAAAAGCUCCCUUCUAUUGGUGGCCAGCAUCAGUCGGUGCCCUAAUCCGGCACACACGUUAUAUAAAAAUGUCCAUCCAAUCCCAAACCACACAGAGAAACAACGAAAACUCCAAAGCUUGGCGGUCUGCUUGUGUGGCUCUUUAACUUCUACAGGACUGGACUGGAGCAUCAUGAUUUUUAUAGUGGACCUGCUGCUGAUGCUCAUCGACCUAACCUACUCCAUCCUGACUGCCGUCAUCCAGACUUUCCUCCGGCCGAGGCUGAAGUGCAUUGAUGGGGAGCUCUGCCUGAUAACAGGGGCCGGGGGCGCGCUGGGUCGGCUGUUCGCCCUGGAGUUUGCCAAAGAGGGAGCGCACCUGGUGCUGUGGGACUGCAACGCGGCUGCCAACGAGCAGACCGCCAAGCUGGCGCGCGAGCUGGGGGUUCAGGUGCACACGUACACAGUGGACCUGUCCAAGCGUCAGAGCAUCUAUGAGACGGCGGACAGGGUGAGAGCGGAGGUCGGAGAAGUCUCAAUAUUGGUCAACAACGCAGGCGUGGUGGCCGGACGGAGGCUGCUGGACUGUCCUGACGAGCUUUUGGAGAGGACUCUGCUGGUGAACUGCCACGCGCUUUUUUGGAUGACAAAGGCCUUCCUGCCUCAGAUGAAAGCAAAGAACCAUGGUCACAUUGUAACCAUUGCCAGUGCUCUUGGGCUAUUCAGCACUGCAUGUGUAGAGGAUUACUGUGCCAGUAAAUUUGGAGCUGUUGGUUUCCACGAGUCACUGACACACGAGUUGCUAGCAGACAACCAGGAUGGCAUCAAAACCACUUUAAUCUGCCCUUAUAUUGUAGACACAGGGAUGUUUGCAGGCUGUGAAAUCAGGAAGGAGCUCCAGAAUCUAAUUCCACCUCUGGAGCCCCUCUACACUGUACAGCAGUCCAUGAAAGCCAUUUUAGCCGAACAGCAAAUGAUCUGCAUUCCUCGCCUUAUGUACAUCCCCUUCCUCACACGAGCAUUGCUGCCUUGGGAUGCAAAUGUGGCAACAUAUCGCUUUAUGGGAGGCGACAAAUGUAUGUUACCCUUCAUCAAGAAAGUUGAACUGAAGACCUCCAACGGCCACAUCAAAUGCUCCUAAGACCUCUGUCAGUCUGUCUUACAACCUUGUUAAAUUAUGGACCAAUGUAGACACCAAAGGCUCAUACUGUAUACUUAAUACAUGAAUUUGUCAUCUGAAGGGAGAGCCCAGUA